AUGUCUGUAUUGCCUAUGUUUUAUGCAAAGAUAGAUUUUGAGGUAGAUAAUCUGUCUGAUGAGAUUAUAACAAAUGCUUUUCGUGCCCCUGGUAUAGAAAUAAACAUAAACGGAAUAAAUGCAACUUUUUGGACAGCAUUUAGUUCUAAUCCUACUAAAUUGACAAAAUUAAUAAGUUUUUUGAAUGUGGAAGAGACUAGAAAAAUUUUAAAAAGAGAAAAUUUUAGCAAAGCUAAUUUAAUUGAGGCAACUUCAUUAAAGGGUAAAAGACAGCAAGAGAAUAUUGAAUAUUCUCACAUUGAACUUUGCCUAAAAUUUGAAAAUCCAGGAAAUUAUUUUAUUGUUGUUCUUGGAAAUAUUAAAAUAUGUUGGCUUGAAUUCUACGUUAAAAUAAAAAAAGCAAGAGAGGAAAGAUGUGUGUUCAAAUUGUUCAGUGAAAUUUCUUAUUUGACAAAAAGAAUAUUGAAAGAUUUGAGAUAUUCUAUUACAAUAGCUGCAUUCAAAACUAAUGUAGAUGAUAUUGAAGAUGGUCAAAUGAAUGUAUAUAAUAAAGGUUAUUAUGAUAAAUACCCCGAUGCGGAGUUUGUUGGCUCAAUUUAUCCAUUAAUUAACGAAGGAAGUUACGAAUUUUAUUUGGAUGAGGAUGGAAUGACACGUGAAAGAAUGAAGUUUGUCGAGGCAAAUAACGAAAUAGUCAAUUUUAAAAAAGAAGGUCCUUAAUAAAAACUUUAGCAAAGCAGACAAGAAUUUAAUAUGAGGAAGUGAAAAUGGAUCAGAGCUGAGCGAAAAUAAAAUUUCAUCAUCUACGA